AGCCGCGCCGCGCCGCGCCGCGCCGCUCCACGCCACGCCGCGGAGGGCUUUCCGCGCCCGCCGCCGCCGCCGCCGCCUGCCGCGGCCGGGGGAUUAGUCAGCAGUCUGCGGGCAGCCCCGCUCCCGCGCAAACUCCGCGGGCGGGGGCGGGGAGCGGCGAGCGGCGCCUGCCCCUGCCCCUUCCCCUUCCCGCGGCGAAGGGGCCGCGGCGGCGGCGGCGGGGCUGCCCCCCCCCCCCCCCCCCCCCCCGCUUCCCCGCUCCGCGGCGGCGGGUUGGCAAGUCAGGCAACGAGGCGCCGGGCUAACUCCUCUCGGGCACCGGCGGCGUCGCAGGAGGACGAACGCCCGAGCCGCCCCCCCCCCGCACGCACACACCCACCGCACACGCACACACACACGCACACGAGCGGCGGCGGCCGCGGCCCCCCCCCCCCCCCCCCGGCGGGGCUGCCCCAUGGUCUUGCGGGGGCCGUGGGGGAAGUGCGGGGGCCCCGGCGCGGCGCUCGCCCUCCUGCGCGCCCUCCGCACUAGGAUGUUGCGGCAGGUCUUGCACAGGGGGCUGGGGACGUCCUUCUCCCGGCUCGGCCACUUCGUCGCCAGCCACCCGGUGUUCUUCGCCUCGGCUCCCGUGCUUAUCUCCAUCCUGCUGGGAGCCAGCUUCAGCCGCUACCAGGUGGAGGAGAGCGUGGAGCACCUCCUGGCCCCCACGCACAGCCUGGCUAAGAUCGAGAGGAACCUGGUGGACAGCCUUUUCCCGGUGAACCGCUCCAAGCACCGGCUCUACUCCGACCUGCAGACGCCGGGGAGGUACGGCAGGGUGAUCAUCACCUCCUUCCGCAAGGCCAACAUGCUGGACCAGCACCACACCGAUCUCAUCCUCAAGUUGCACUCUGCUGUGACCAGGAUCCAAGUUCAAAGACCUGGUUUCAAUUACACGUUUGCCCAUAUAUGUAUCCUGAACAAUGACAAGACAUGCAUAGUGGACGACAUAGUGCAUGUACUGGAGGAAUUAAAGGCUGCUCGUUCUUCUAAUCGAACUAAUUUUGCAAUCACUUAUCCGAUUACUCACUUAAAGGAUGGCAGGGAAGUAUAUAACGGGCAUCAGCUUGGUGGGGUUACUGUGCACAGCAAAGACCGGGUGAAGUCUGCAGAAGCCAUUCAGCUCACCUACUACUUGCAGGCAAUCAACUCCUUGAAUGACAUGGUGGCAGAGAAGUGGGAAUCCAUUUUUUGUGACACUGUUGAACUUUUCCAGAAAUCCAACAGGAAAGUCAAAAUGUAUCCUUUCACUUCUUCUUCGCUGAAGGAGGAUUUCCAGAAGACGAGCAGGGUGUCAGAACGCUACCUGAUCACAAGCUUGGUCCUUGUGGUCACCUUGGCCAUUCUCUGCUGCUCCAUGCAGGAUUGUGUCCGCAGCAAACCCUGGCUUGGCCUGCUGGGAUUGCUGACCGUGACCCUUGCCACCCUGACUGCAGCUGGGAUCAUCAAUCUCACUGGUGGGAAAUACAAUUCCACCUUCCUGGGAAUCCCCUUCGUCAUGUUAGGUCAUGGGUUAUAUGGGACUUUUGAAAUGUUGUCCUCCUGGAGAAAAACUAGAGAAGACCAACACGUUAAAGAGAGGACUGCAGCCGUAUUUGCAGACUCCAUGCUCUCGUUUUCUCUCACCACUGCCAUGUACCUGGUCACUUUUGGAAUAGGUGCCAGUCCCUUCACUAACAUUGAAGCAGCCAGGAUUUUCUGCUGCAAUUCCUGUAUUGCAAUUUUCUUCAACUACCUCUAUGUACUCUCCUUUUAUGGUUCCAGCCUGGUGUUUACUGGCUACAUAGAAAACAACUACCAGCAUAGUAUCUUCUGCAGAAAGGUACCAAAGCCAGAGGUAUUGCAAGAGAAGCCUGCAUGGUAUAGGUUUCUUCUGACAGCCAAAUUCAGCGAGGACACGGCGGAUUCGGAGGAGGCGAACACUUACGAGAGUCAUCUUUUGGUGUGGUUCCUGAAACGCUAUUAUUGUGACUGGAUAACAAACACUUACGUCAAGCCUUUUGUAGUUCUCUUUUACCUUGUUUAUAUUUCCUUUGCCUUAAUGGGCUACCUGCAGGUCAGUGAAGGGUCAGACCUGAGCAACAUCGUAGCGACCGCGACACGGACCAUUGAGUAUACGACUGCCCAGCAGAAGUAUUUCAGUAACUACAGCCCGGUGAUUGGGUUCUACAUCUACGAGUCGAUCGAGUACUGGAACACCAGUGUCCAGGAGGACGUGCUGGAGUAUACCAAGGGCUUUGUGAGGAUAUCUUGGUUUGAAAGCUACUUAAAUUACCUUAGGAAACUCAACAUAUCUACCGGAUUGCCCAAGAAGAACUUCACUGAUAUGUUGAGGAACUCCUUCCUGAAGACCCCUCAGUUUGCCCAUUUUUCAGAGGAUAUCAUCUUUUCCAAGAAAUACAACAACGAAGUCGAUGUCGUGGCCUCCAGGAUGUUCUUGGUGGCCAAGACAAUGGAAACCAAGAGGGAAGAACUUUAUGACCUCCUGGAGACCCUGAGGAAGCUCUCUCUCACCUCCAAGGUGAAAUUCAUCGUUUUCAAUCCAUCGUUUGUGUACAUGGAUCGUUAUGCCUCUUCAGUGGGAGCGCCCUUACAAAACUCCUGCAUUAGUGCUUUAUUUCUGCUCUUCUUCUCUGCAUUCCUGGUGGCAGACUCUCUGAUCAAUGUCUGGCUCACUCUAACUGUUGCCUCGGUUGAAUUCGGAGUUAUAGGUUUUAUGACCUUGUGGAAAGUGGAACUAGAUUGUAUUUCUGUGUUGUGCUUAAUUUACGGAAUUAAUUAUACAAUUGAUAACUGUGCUCCACUGUUAUCAACCUUUGUCCUGGGCAAAGAGUUCACAAGAACUAAAUGGGUGAAAAAUGCCCUGGAAGUGCAUGGGGUAGCUAUUUUGCAGAGCUACCUCUGCUAUAUUGUUGGUCUGAUUCCUCUUGCAGCUGUGCCUUCAAAUCUGACCCGUACACUGUUCAGGUGCUUGUUUUUAAUAGCAUUAGUCACCUUCUUUCACUGCUUUGCCAUUUUACCUGUGAUACUGACUUUCCUGCCACCGUCCAAGAAGAAGAGGAAAGAGAAGAAGAAUCCUGAAAACCGUGAGGAAAUAGAAUGUGUUGAAAUGGUGGAUAUGGAUAGCACCCGAGUGGUUGACCAAAUUACAACAGUCUAACUUGUUUGUUUGUUGCUUUUUUACACUAGGUCUUACUGAGGGAAAAAAAAAAAAAAAAAGAAACCAGUACUGACUAAAUAUCUGGGGAGAGGAAGGGGUUUGGAGGUUUUCCCUCCCCCCUCUAAGCUAAAUCCAGGAAUAUUCAAAAUGAUGGGAGAAACUAAAAAUAAAUUUUAAAAAAGAGCUGGGGGAUUGUACCGUGCUCAGCUCCUGUAACAGGUAUUACGAGAGAAUUUGCACACACAUGCAAAGAGGGGUUGAAUUUUAGAUGCAUGGAGUACGAUCUAAUGAGAGAAGUUGGGUUCCUAAGCAGCCGUCUGCAUCGCCUGUACUGCAGAUGCUGCAAUUAUUGUGGCUAAACCCAAUCAGAUUGAAAGGUCAACUGUCAAGGCUGAAGUAGCACUAAAUGUUCGCUGGAUGUAAAGGCUUUACAAACUUUCUGCACAGCAAUAACUCAAGUCAGUGAGUCAGCUCUUAUAGGUCUUAGCCAUCACAUUUAAUUUUUCUUUUCUCCCCUAAUCUAAACAUUUAUGCAAGACUGUAUAACAGAUAGCAAACUGUACUGGGAAAGAAGGCAGUACACAGCAACCAAAUGCUUUCCAAAUGCUUUUACGUUAUAAAUCACUUUUUUUUCCUAAAAAUAUCGUUAUUUUAAAAUGUAAAUCAUCCCUUGUAACAUUUUUAAUCAUGGUUUUAUAGCUGUUUCUUUUUCUUAUAAAAACAAAAAAGAAAAAAAAAAGAACAGAAAAAUCCCAGUGACUCUUGUCACUCUAGAAAAUAUAUAAUUCUAUUUUAUACAUGUCUCGCUACUAGUUAAACAUGUAAUCUGCUUUACCAACUGUAAUUUUGUUAGCACUCUACUAACACGUGUGAGUGGAUCUAGCAGCAGACAGAAGAUGGUGUACUGAAUAUUUCAGCACCAAAAUCCAUGACACAAACCUCAAAUAGUAAAAUGUCAUCAAGAAAGUGAAUGUUAGGGCUCUUUUAGUGAGAGCCUAUUUCAGGCCAUUCACUGGUAAUGCACACUAAGAGGAUUAGUGGGUAGUUUUACAUAAUGUAUAACUUAAUCCCUCAAUCUUCCUAGAGUACCUGUAAAGCAAUAGACCUUGCAGCUAUGGGCUCUUCCAAGAGACAGUAGACCGUGAGAGUUGUAUGGAGCAAACCAAAGGCUGGGGCUGCAGUUUAGCAGCAGCAAGUUUAACAACGUCCCCAAAGAGCCCGUAUCUAAGGGGUCUAUUGAAAACAUCACAUCUGAGGGAAGAAAAAAAAAAACCAACAAAACAACUUAAAAAGAUUACAUUACUGAGUCUUUUUGGAGCUGUGAGUUCUAAAUCAAUAAUUCUGUCAGCAUCUGUGAUGUGGAGUAAUACAGAUAAAGCAGCAUCUCUUUCCUCCUCCACCCCCUCCACCCUUAAGAGCGACAGGCUCAUUACUAUAAGGUUUUAUCAUGCAGUUGAACCCCAGUGGGGAUACGUAAGCCAAUUCUGUAGGUUUUGCUGAGAGUAUUCUGACUAUAUGUUGCCUGCGAAAACCCAGUUGCGGGAAGCUCGCUGGUGUGUCGGGUGGUCUCAUGAAUAUACGGACUGUUGCUUUCUAGUGCAAAGUGAAUGUAUUGCAACCGGACUCCUUUUUACAGCUCGUCCGGAAAGUAAGAGUACUUGAAAAGUUUUCAGCAGUUGGCACGGUGUUUGUCUCAAUGACAGUAUCUGGAGGGCAAAGGGAUAUUGCAGGAGCCACGGGGCUUGGACCGCUGGGAGCGGUGAUCAGCACAUCUGCGGUCACAAACCCAGGGUAUGCUUCGUUGCAUGAGAAUUCUCUUUAGCAUCCAACCCCAGUGACCCCCCCCCCAAUGCCCUGUGCAAAAUCCGCAAAUGCUGCCUAGUGGACAUUAAUUUUCAAGCAAAGAGAUACUUCUGAAGCUUCCUCCCUAGCAGAAAAUAAGAUAACCAGAUAUUUUGCCCUGAAGCAAAAUGUUACGCGCUGACGAGCAAAAAAAGUCGGCAGUGCAGCUGGCAACGUUUACUUUCCCCUGGAUAAGUCCCUUCUCCGACCAGAAGGAAAGGAAGCAGUGUCCAGGAAUGCACAGGCUCUUUGCUUGAACAAACCACAUUUGCUGCGGUAGCAGCUGGGAAGCUGUAACAACAACUUCAGCCUUGGCAGAAAUCAGGCGGACACCUUGAAGACGGCCAAACGAAUGUGAGGCUAAGUGAAAGAUUUUUUUUUUUCCCCCUCUUUUCUUUAGACUCAGGCUUGGGGCUAUGUUUUCCAGCCAAAAAUCAUUCCUUAAAUAUACUUCACUGUAGAUUUUCUGUGCCGGUCGUCAUUUAAAUAACAGUCACCCUAUCUCCUGGCUGUUCAACAGGCAGCUGCAGUGGCUUUUAAACUUCUGAGAGCGUUAGCAAAUUAGUUGAGAGUUACAGAGGAAUUGCAGACCACUUUUGGCGGCAGCAAUCUACUGGCUUGUGGGGCACCUGGAAACAGGAGAUGUGUGAAAGAGGUUGUUUGUACACUGCAGAGAGGAAUACCUGGCAAACACCGAUUUUACACCUCUGCUACCCCUGAUGCUAUCGCUUGCAAACACCAGACGCAAAGACAGCUACUGUAAACCUCUUCACAUCUAAUUGAAAUGCAUAGAUAGGAGCAUCUUUAAAGAGAUGUCCAAAGCCAAGCUUGUAGUUUCACAGGUCUCUCAUUAAAUCUCAGCAUGUGAGGCCUUCAGAGAUCUUCAAGGAAGGUAAUAAAAACCAGUGGUAAAAUUACUCCUUCAUCUCCAGACCUGUCCGAAAAAGGACGUGGAGGCACUCCGGUGGCAAAGUGCCGCAGGACGUGCCUGGGUGUCCGCAGAAGACAGGGUGAGAAGUCACGCAGCCCACUCCCUUGCCCCAAGGCAGAGCCAACAACAUUUAAAUUGUUUCUGAAGGGUGUUUGUCUGGCCCAUUCCUAAAAAUCUUUUUAAGGGCAGAUUCCCCCCCUAGCAGUUCCGCCCAGUGCCGUGUUACCCCACCAGUAACUAGUAACUCCUGAUGGCCGCCCGGGACUGGGAGGGGGAAGAGGAACCGUGCCCCUCUCCGCACAGGGAAGGACAGGACAGGCAGGAGACAGUCUCUGAAGCAUCCCCAGAACAGAGGAAACCCAAACCAGAGCCAAAAACAACUUACGUACAUUUUUCACCGAGUUUCACCUCAAGCCGCCACUCCGCUCCCCACCUCCAGGCUUGGCGAGGGAAAGCCAUGAAAAUGUCCAAGGCGUACUCAGCCCAGGUCCGUGAGAUUUCUGCCUGAAUCCUGAUGUGUCUGAGAGAUGCACCAAAUACUCCUUCUCUACAGGUAGCUUGAAUACCUCAACAUGAACCAGAAACGGCAUGUUCUCAAGGUUUCAGACUAUGCUAAGCCACUUUGGCCUUCCUCCUCUUUGACUUUUUCCUCUGGAGCAAUUAUCUUCACCAAAGUCAAUUGGUCCUCACUGCGCCGAUUGAUUAAUAGGUGCAGAUGCUGUGCUCCGUUCUCAGUCCAAAGCACUCCCAGUGGCUAACUGUGCAUAAGAUUUUACCCUUACUGGUGAACCUCCGUUUUGGAAGACUACCUAGGCUUAAGCAGUUUUUUGUCAUACUCUUAAGUGGCUUUUUAGCCCAGGUAUCACUGUGGUUUUGUUUGCAAUAUAGAUGACCCAAUUUUUGUAUAAAUUCAGUGAGUAGAACAGAGUAUUAUACACUGUCAGGCACUGACUAAAAUCUAACAGCAAAAAUUUUAGCUAAGGCUAACAAGACUAUAUAGGACUGUGGCUCACUGAGCACAUAUAUCUUCUACAAACAUUAAAAUUUCCAUACGGUAAGGUAUGGUGUACAGUAUAUUUUUACUACAGGGUAAGCAUGGGGGAAAAAGAACCAACCUAAGUGCAUACGACCAUCAAGAUCACUCCAAUUUUCUUGUAACAUAAUUCCUAAUGCUGUCAGCACAAAUUCAUUUUCAAUUUACAAGUAUUCUAAUUGGAGGAAAAAAUGACGAGAGAAAAGUUGGUAUAGCUGGGAUAACUACGCUAUAAAAAUUAAUUGAUGAAGCCAGAAUUUUCUGCCCAAAGCUUUAAGAGAAAAUGUUCGAGUUGUUAGAUUAAAAUUAGAGCUGUGAAGGUUGAGAAAAACCUGUCCGGCAAAGAAAAAGAGCUUCUUUUCCAAAAACAAGCAGACACGCUUAUCAUGGUCAACUGAAUGAACCUGGAGGGAAAACAGUACCAAAGUGGCCUGAGGUUACGUGGAGCCGCGUGAGGAUUCGCAUCUGCUCUCAGAGGCUUUCUGAGCCAGCGCCGAAUUCAGGUAAAACCUGUGCUGUAAAUUGAAAGGUGUAGUUUUGAAUGCUUUUCUCUAGGCUGACUGUCCCCCCGUGAGCCACCAAAUCCCACCUCAGCCGACACCUUUUUUUAUUUGCAUUCAAAGAGAAAACAAAACAGAGUGGUGGCAGGACUGGGCAGAAUUCAGGAGAGUCAGAAGGAAAACCAUGACUUCUCUUAAAAACAGCAAGAAAGCCGGAAACAGCUCUUUAGCAAGCGGGUUUUGUGGGAGGAGAACCCGUUGCUUUGAAGCUUAGCAAACCGGUGUUUCUCCUAUUUGUUAACUUUGGAAGCCGACAGCGUGCUCAAGGAGAUGCAGGGAAGAGAAGCAGAGUUAACAGGAAUUAGCCUUGGGUUAUGACAGCGCUGAUGGGUUUUGCUGAACCAGAGCUUUCGUGGUAAGGCAAGAGCCCUGUGGGAACCCACUUUUUGGAAGACCCUGGUCAGAAAGGAUUACCCAGAGCCUUUUCCUCCCCUGCCUUCGCGGGUGUUAAAGCCCCAAUCCCUACAAAUAAAAUUCUACAAUUAGCUACGUGGGGGCAAAGUAUUUCUUCCAUGGCUUUACCCCUACAUUUAUCACUAACACGACUUGUCAUUUAUAUUCUUAUAAAUAUUUUGAAGUAAGCAAGCCUUCCUGGGGUGCACACAGGUCUGAUGAGAAGGGGGCAUGGAGGGGAGAGAGCCCUUUCCCUUCCCCAAAGGUGGGCAGCAUCUUCCACCCAUGGCCAGGUACCGCACCGUCGCCGCAGGGCACCCCCAGGGACCCCAGCCCAGCGCAGGGGAAACCUUUUCCCCUCUGCAACUCCCUCCCCAAUUGCAUUAGAGAACAGGGAGGAACUUUAGCUCUAAAUUGUGGUGGGGUUGGGCCCCCAGGGAGCCCUUGUGAAACCCGUCCGCGGCCAGGAAAGCGCAAGGGAGAACUUUCGGUUGGGGUUGGGCCCCCAGGGAGCCCUUGUGAAACCCGUCCGCGGCCAGGAAAGCUCAAGGGAGAACUUUCGGUUGGGGUUUUUUUUUGAGAAAGACAUGGCAAAGGCAUCCCAGGAGGGCAUUCAAACACAUAUUCCUGCCCGUGGUGCGUAGGUUGGGGCAGAGCGGCGUGCCCCGACGUGCCACCACUUGCCCCAUCGUGGUCCUGGCACAGCUUCCUGCCUGGAGAGGGGGCACCUCAGCAUCACCUUCUCAGGCACGAAUUGGUCUGAUGUCGUUGGCGUUCUGCAAGUCAUCACCUUUUUUUAAUUUGGGAAAAGGAAAAAAAAAAAAAAAAUUCAGCAUAAAUAAUUCUAGGUUAUUUAAGCUCCAAGAAGUCUUAAUCUGUGCGUCAAAUAAAUGGCUUGCAAGAUGUCAGGGGUUUUCGUUUGGGCUUUUUUUAACCUAUUUUUACUAUUUUUGUAUUAAUUUAGGGAAAAAAAAUUGUAUAAUGAAUCUCAAUGUAUAGCAUAAGCCUAAAAUAAAAUGGCUGUCUCUCUCUUUGCUUCUUGUGCUCCCAAACUGCUACAGAAGUCCCAUGCCCUCACCAACCUAGCAAACCGAUUUACCUGGCCUAACCCAAGUAACGAGGCCGUGCGUCCUCUCCAGCUCCCAUCAGAGAGGGGUGGUGGAGCAGUUCGGGGGCACCUGCUGCAGCGCGGAGCCGGCGACGUCCCCGAGACGAAGGGCGCGCUCCUUCUCCAGUAGCCCCUCUUGUCCCCGCUCAGCAGCAGCAAGCACAGGGGAAAUGCAUUCGCUUCAUGUCUAUUCCUUUCCAUGUUACUGGGAUCCAAGUCCUUUUUUGGAGGGGUUCCUAGCUAAUCCAGCAGCAGAACCCCAGCCUGAGCAGGCAAACCAACAGCUAAGGUAAAAAUCUCAAACUGAUUUGAUCAAAAAUCUAGGGUUAUCGGCUCAGACAAGAACGAGACCUACCGAGAUCUGGUAGGUAGACCUGAAGUAUUACUGUUGAACAGAAUUAUUACUAUUUUAAAUUUUCUUACCAACACCUUAGGAAGCCCCAUCAUCGCUGAGAGACCCACCUCUCCCGCUCCCCAGCAGAACCGCGGCCACUGCCGCAGGAUCUCCCGAUGACUCUGGUCCAUCACCCUCUUCCCACACCCAGGUCGACCACCCAUUUACACCUUCUCCCAAUGUUUUGGGGAAGAGGACCAGCACCCCCAUAGGCCCACCUGGACCAACUGCUUAGAUGGAGAAGCAAACCACCGCGCCAAGGGACGAGGGUGAUAGUUACGGCUGCCCCGUCGCACCUGGUUGCAGCAAUGAGAUAAGAAUCAGUUUACUACAAAAAGCAGAGCCAGACCCAAGCCUGAGUCACUGCAAACAGUAGCAGGCCUGAGAGCUGGUGGGUUUUUGGCUGCCGAGGGCUGUCGGCCACUUUUUAGUUUAAUGCAAAGUUUGGGUCUGCAAUUAAAGGUGACUCCUGUCACCUGUUACGGCUCCUGGUCUUGUCCCUUCCAGUCGUUCUUUCUCAUGUUGCCUUAAAUUCAGGAUCCACAAGCACUGUUGGCAAAAAUUCUGGCUGAAACAGAAAAUCAAAUUACAUCCAUUUUCUAAUUGCUAAUCUAAUGUGAGAGAGGCUACAUCUAAGGAUCGCACAGGAACUCGAAUAGCAAAACUCCCGUAGGAGGCUGGUGUGCCUCAUUUGUCUAUGUUAGCGAGAGCUCCUUCAUGCAAUUCUCCAUAGAUCUAAUUUGCAAAAAUCAGGCUUUCCAAGUGUGUAAUCAGUACGUUUUAUUCUGAAAAUUCAUCUGUAUGUAUACCUUCAAAAUAGAGGCAUGUCAAGUCUGAUUUUUAGGUUAUCAAGGAAUACAGUUGAGCCCAACAAACGUUCACGAACAACAAGUCUGAAUUCCACGUGCAAUUCUUACGCUGCUGCAUACAAAUCAGAAUAUUGUCAUUCCAAAAUACCACAUUUCCUUAUUUGCACACAGAAACUAGACAGGAUUAUGGACUCAAAACGGUGAAGUGUGCUCAUGUUUACAUUCAUCCUGUAAAUAUCACUUAAACAUGUAAAGGUUAAUGGCAAUAUAGAACUUACUGAGGACAACCGGAUUUGUUUUGCUGAUUUCAGUUUACUGGCAGAGAAUAACUGAAAUAUAUGCCAAGCACCUGGCUAGAAAGACUGAGGCAUCAGACAUCUAACAACCCAUCAGCAGAAAUAAAAAAGUCCACUGAAAAUUUAUACAUAUGGCAAAUACAAGCAGCACGUUAAAGACCUUAGUAGCUGGGUAUCCAGACUAUAUACAAUGGAGUAUGUUAUAAAUGAAUGCAGAAUAUUCUAUUCUGAUUCUCUCUAGCCACAUUCAAUCCCCUUAAAUGUGCUCUAUUCUGUGAGCAGGCAUACUUUUGAGCAAGACUGACACUUAUCUUCCUAGAAAUUACUGAGUUGCACAGGUGAAGUUUGCUGGAAACAAAAUUUUAAAUGUAUACAAACAAACUGAUGCCAGAAAAUGCAAUUUGCAAAAAAUAUGCCUUCACAUACUGAUUAUAUUUCAUAAUAAGCAAUCUGUUCACUGAUGCUGCAAGUAAAAAUGAUUUUAUAUUUGUCAGCUAUUUCCAGAAAAAUGAGAUGCCCCGCUAAUAUAUAUUUAGUGCAUACACCCCCAUAGCAAUUAUCUAUUUUUUUAUACGCCCAACUCAAGUUGGCUCCAUAUAAGGAGGAGGAAAAGCCAACCCAGAAAGGUAGUUGAGAGCUGGUAGGAAGAAUGGUUCAGCUGUCCUGAAAUUAGUAAUGAAUCAGCAGGGGAGGAGCACCAGAGAAGUUGGUAAGAAGUUUAGGAACAAAGAAGCGAGCUGCAGAAAUGCAGAGCUGUUGAGAAAGGAAAAUACUCAGGUUUUAUUGUGUCAGGCAGAUGGGAGAGAAAUGAUAUAAAAACUUCUCAGUUGCAAAGGGAAGGAAGGUCUAAGGUAGAAUGAGGAGUGAGCAAAGCUAUAUGAGCUUAUGUAAGAUUUGCAGCUGUAAUGUAUAUUAAGGCUGUCUAAUAAAAGACAGGGUCUAUCCAUGUAUGGAAAAUAAAAAUUCACAGUUGCCUAAUUAUAUGAAUUCAAAUAUAGAUUCAGCACCUCAUUGCUUUGGAAUAAAAGGUAGAUAUCAUUCAUAAUCUAAGCUGGAGGCCAGAGCUGGAGACUUUAGCAUGAUAUGUAUACAAUAUCAUACAGAAAAAGGGAUCAGUCAGAUGGAUUCUGGCUCAUACCUUACUGAAAAAUAACAAAUGGACCCUCACUCUUUUUUAAUACAACUCUUACUUAGAGAGGGGCAGCUGACUUUUAAUGUUUCUGAAAUAGCCAUACCUUCCUGCUAAAAUACUCAUGCGUUGGAGGGAUUUUUUUCCUUUUCUUUUGAAGAUGCGAUCAAUUUUCUUUCUGGACAAAGUGAGCCCUCAGGCACAUUACCUACAGCGAGAAGUGGGAAAUGCUGGCUCUCUUAAGGUGAUUCCUGAGUCAAGAGCAGCUGCAAUUGAAUUUCUUUCUUUCCUUUCCUCUCAGCAUGCUAUUGCAAGCUGUUCCAGAUUUGCCUAUUGACAGUUUUACCAAUCAGCAUACCAUACCCCUGGCUGCAACAGAGGUGGGAUUCUGCCGAGCCUCUCCUGGUGUUGGCUUCAGAGGCAAUGCCCACAUCAUAAUUUCAGUAUUAUUCCCGCUCAUUAGCCCCUCUGAUGGGAGCCAUUUCUGUCAAGAGCUUGGAUCUUCCUGGAAGGGUGGCUACAGCAGCCAUCACAGCAAAGCCAAGAACAUUUUGCUGCUCUGACAUCCCUCUGAUGUAUACGAGUGACAUCACAUAUAUUACUAGAUCUAGAAAGGAGAAGCAUUCAAAGCUCAGUGUCAGAUCAUAUUAUAUUUAAUAUCACCAUCUCUGUGGAUGUUACACAGCAGAUCUAUAAUAUGGAAGUUGCAGAAAUGGGGAGAGUAAACAGAAAGCGAGAGAGAGAGAGAGAAUACCAUUUAAACGACUCAUUUGGCACCCUCCAAACCUCUCCAUCAAAGGAAGAGUUAUUGCCUCGCAGUCAGUGGUGACACCAAGCCCGAAGAAUCUAAUUUACAGGAAAAGGUUAAAAGAAUUGGGCUUAGAAAGGGGAAAUCAGGAGCUGAGAUAUGUGACUUCAGGAUUAUGGAAGGGAUUGCUAACAUCGGUGCGUUCCUUUUUUUGCCCAGUGUGUGCUUCAGAAGCCAAGAUCUCGGAAUACAAAAUGUUUGAAGUGAGAAGCAAAUAAUAAAUUUAUGGAGAACAUUUCACAAGUAGAAAUGACAAAUACAUAUUGGAAACUGGAAAGUCAAGGGAGACAAUAAGUCGACUCAGAUGAGAAAUGCCUAAAUUUAUUGUAGAGAACUCCAUAAAAACCUGCACAGAAAAACUCCCAAAUGUACUCACAGCCCUGGAGAGCUCUUCAGGUGGUCUGUUCCAGCACCAGGCUGAAAAUAAGGUAAGAGUUUUAAAUUAUUGACAACUGCAACCAACAGAGCUUUAAACUGUGGAGCCUGGGUAAGGAGAAAUGGAAAAAAUGAUGGGAAAAAUACUUUAAUGAUGUACUCUUUGUGUACAUCAGCACCUCUCCGCAGACUUCACAGGAGUUAUAGCUAAUAACACUUGUUUAAAGCAUGGCCCAUCACAUUCCAGACGACUGUUUUCCUCUUCCCCUUGAAGCCGAAGGCUGAGCUGAGUUUUGUCCGUCCUCUUUCUAAGGCAGACGUUCCCUCUGACACUGCCCGAGCGACCGAGGACCCGGGACACAGAGGCGAGCACGGACCGGCACAGGUGUAAUGGGAAACAACCCAUACCCGAGCCCCCGUGGGGCAAAGCUUUAUUCCUCCUUCACCAGAGCGCUGUGCAAAAGAGGGCACUCCUUUUUUAAAUGUUCUUCAAAAGCUUAUAAGAAAUAUUGGCCUCUGUGGUACUCUGUAGAUGCGCUAAGACAUAGAUGUGCUAUGGAUGCCAUCCAGGCGUACGUACGCUUCUCCAGUGCUUGGUAGCCCUCAGCCUUUGGCUUCACGCCACGCAGCCCAUCUGAGAUUCAUAUUGCGGGUUUUAUUGAGGUAACUGUUUGGUGAAAGAGACUUUGUUUAGAUCAAACAAAUCUUUUUAGAUACGAACUGGUUUAUUCAUGCCAGAAGGUUUUCUGCACCUGCCAUCUCUAGCCUCUGUUAGUACAUUUGGAAAUGAAGGUGGCCACAGCGGGAAGGAGAAAAUUGGAACGCAAGUAAAAGUCCCAUUAUUUUUGCUAAGUGGCAGCUGAUUUUAUGAGGCUCAAUUACCAGUGAUUUUGUGAGCCUCAUUUCUCACUACUGUAUUUUCAAAAGGUGCUCAAUAUUCCACUCCUAAGCCAGGAAGAACUAUGGGGUUUCAGUGUACUCCAAGCAGAGUAUAACAGCUGGCUUCAAAACAUGUUGCCCAGUGGAAACAAAACAUUGGAAGGGGGAGGAGAGGAGGAUAGAGUUGCUGGAUUUGAGAUUUUCAGCAGAAAAUGCUGGGGUUU